AUGGGGAAACGAAAAUCAGGCGGUGGCAGCCACGAUAAGUCUAAAAGGUUCAGGGCCGGCGGGUUUAUAGAUCCUGGUACCAGUGGGAUCUUUGCUACAUGCAAUCGUGGCCGGGAACAACAGUGUAGGAAGGAAUUGAUGAAUCUCUUUGCGGAGAAGGCCGAGCAGUAUUAUGAUGAAACUGAAUUAAACGACGAUUCCGACGAGGAAAAUGAAGAAAAUCUCUCGAUAGAAGACAAGAUCAGGCGGGAAGUACAGGAAAUUCAGGAUAAAAAGGAUACUCGUAGCGAACUCCUCAAGCCUAUUGACUUGGAUUGUGAGUGCUUGGUGUUCAUCAAGACACGAAAACCCAUAACUCCCGAGACUUUUGUGGAGCGCUUGUGCCAAGAAUGCAAAGGAUCGCAAGCCAAAACUACCAGGUACACACAAAGACUCACACCUAUAACUUUUUCUGCAUCUUCAACUAUUGAAGAAAUCAAAAAGUUGGCAAGAAGAGUGUUGGAACCUCAUUUCCACCAAAAAGAAAGCCAGAAACCUUACAAAUAUGCAAUUCAAGUAACCAGACGCAAUUUCAAUGCGGUUCCCAAGGAUGAUAUUAUUCGGGCUAUUGCUGAAUGUGUAGGCAGAGACCAUGGACACCGGGUGGACUUGAAGCAGUAUGACAAAUUGAUCUUGGUAGAAUGCUACAAGAGCAAUGUGGGCAUGAGUGUAGUCAAUGAUUACUUGACAUACGAGAAGUUCAAUCUCCAGCAGAUCUUUGAGAAGGGAAUGGAGAAGGAAGAGAAGGAAGAGAAAGAGCAGAAAGAAGAGAAGGAGCAGAAAGAAGUGAAGGAUGAGAAAGAAGUGAAGGAAGAGUAG